AUGGACUCUCGUGACUCUCUCCCCAACUCGCAGACUGCGGCACAGAGUGCUGACAGGCUGAAGCCAAACCUGACUGGUGCACAAGAAACACUCCUGGCCAUCCUUUACUCGCGUGCCCUGGACGCCAAAGCGGCCUCACCGAUCCUGGGCGAUCAAUAUGCUGUGCGACUCGUCGACCAGCUCGACUACAACUUCUCGAAAUUGCGCGUGAUCUGGCUCAAGGCAGCGGUCAUUGUUUUGCGUGCGAGGUUUCUCGACCAAUGGGCUGUCAAAUUCCUCCAACGAGCACAGGAUGAUGGCCAACCUGUCACAGUCCUCCAUCUGGCCGCGGGACUCGACACGCGCGCGCUGAGGCUUCAAGAGCACUGCAACAAGGAUGGACCACACAUUCAUUGGGUCGACGUUGAUUUGCCGGAUGUGGUAGAUGUGAGACGCAGACUACGUCUACCAGAGCCGAAUAGCGAGAGCAUGCACUACGAACUGGUCGGCGCUGACGUGACGGACGAGCUCUGGCUGGCGAAGCUACAGCUCCCACGCGACCGGAAGACGCUCGUCGUAUUCGAGGGCCUGUCGAUGUACCUGCAGCCAGCCCAGGGACGUUUACUUAUCGAGAAGUUGACGGGCUAUUUCGUCAAGUCGGGCAAUCAGCUGGUAUUUGACUGCUUCAACUGGUUUCCACUGAUGGUACAGAGAAUUGAGCCCAUUGUCGCCAGGACAGGAUCGAGGCUGUCCUGGGCCAUUAACGAUCCGAAGGAACUUGAAGAAUGGCAUCAUGGGCUACGCUUGGUGGAUGAGAUCUUACCCGCAGAUAAUCCCGACAACGUCAAAUUGCCACUCCCAGUGAGAAUUUUCUGCUGGAUAGUCUCAUGGGUACCAGCUCUGCGGACCUCGGCCAGGAAUUUGAGAUACGAAUGGUAA